AUGAGCGAAAUAGACAGCCAACAAAGAAUUAACACUACUCCAUUGUCUGCAUAUAAUGGCCACAACAAAAUUUGCAGAAGCGGGGAACGUGUCAAUUUUGAAGAGAUGGACAUUGGAUCAUCAACUCCAAAGUCUACGCUCUCUUCUCUCCACGAGACAUCUGAUGUAGUUCAAGGUCAGCCUGCCAAAAUUUUCUUGCAACCUCAUGACAGACCACUGAGGACUCCCUUAUCUGAUAUCACCAACAAUUUGUCGAGGAACCUGUCAAAUACGUCGGCCAACAGAGGUAAAGUUAAAAUCAAGCCAUCUAAUUUUCAGCCUCAGAGUCUGGAACCCUUUACCCGCAACCUUUUUGAUGAGGAAUUUAGCCGGACCCCGACCACUGACAAAGUCAUUUAUGAUGAGGACUUGGAGGAGACUAGAUUACCAUCUUCAUAUCUUUCUGAUGAAUCUCUAUCUGAUGUGGACACAUCAUAUGAAGAUCAAUAUACAGAGGAAGGUUUUGAGGACCAUAGUCGUGGAGUAUUUGAUACAGAAGACACACACCCAAACCUGACAAAGAAUAAGAAGAGGUGUACUCGUGGUUCCAAAUACCUUAUACCCGAAGAAUAUGCCACUCUUGGUGCUCCUUCUAAAGUGUGCAGUCACUGCAACUCAUUGAUGUGGCAUGAGGAGCGUGUGAACAAGAAUGUCACAAAAGGGAAACCACUUUUUUCUAUUUGCUGCAGGAAAGGUGAUGUUAAAUUACCAGAACCAAUGGAGACUCCAGGAUACUUGCGCAGUCUUUAUGAAGAUGAGGUUGGAGGCUCAGAUUUUCAGAGAAGCAUCAGACUAUACAAUGCAAUGUUUGCAUUUACCUCUGCUGGUGGGAAUGUAGACCAUUCCAUUAACAGAGGAAGGGGUCCCUAUAUAUAUCGUCUUAAUGGUCAAAAUCACCAUGUAUUUGGCUCUUUAAUACCUGAUGAUGGCGACACACCUAAAUUUUGUCAGCUGUACAUAUACGAUACUGCAAAUGAGGUUAGCAACCGUCUGCGCUGGGUGAAGGUCUCUGAUGAACAACCUGUAGAUGCCGAAAUUGUUGACGGAUUAAUUCAAAUGCUUGAUGAAACUAAUGAGUUGGUCAAGAAAUUCCGCACAGCCCGUGAUCGUUGGGAGAAUAAGGACAUAUGUGAUUUGAAGGUUGAGCUAAAAGUUUGUCGUGCUCAGAAUGGCAGGGAGAAUCAUAUCUCUGCAUCCAAUGAGGUUGCUGGCAUUAUGGUUGGUUCUACCUCAAACACAACUCCUGACCGGGACAUUAUAAUUGAACCAAAAUUUGGAAAGCUGAAACGUGUCUCCUAUGUUCAUCCCAAAUUCAUGGCGCUUCAAUAUCCAUUGCUCUUUCCGAAUGGCGAGGAUGGAUACCAUGAUAAGAUUCCAUUCCAGAGUGCCGAUUUGUCAAACCUGAAAGAACGAGAUUUCAUAUCAAUGAAAGAUUAUUAUGCGUACCAGUUUCAAGUUAGGCAGAAUCAUUCUUUGACAACCAGAUUAGGUGGGAGGCUCUUCCAACAGUAUGUUGUUGAUGCCUUUUCAUCGAUUGAACAGACAAGAUUGUGGUGGUUUCGCAAAAAUCAAACAAUUCUGCGGAAUGAAUUAUAUAGUCAUAUAUGUGAUUCUGUGAGAAAUGGAGAUUUGAGUUCAUCUAAUGUUGGUAAAGGCGUCAUCUUACCAGCUGGAUUUGUUGGCUCUAAGAGAUACAUGCAACAGAACUUCCAGGAUGCGCUUGCAGUGUGUCGUCACGUAGGACACCCAGACAUAUUUCUGACGAUGACAACUAAUCCAUUAUGGGAUGAAAUCCAGCAAAUGAUGAAAUUUCUACCUGGAUGUAAGUCUGAGAAUUCCCCAGAUAUUAUUUCUCGGGUUUUUCGUUUGAAACUUGACCAGCUCACAAAUGACAUAAAGAAAAAGUCAUUUUUCGGAAUCUGUGUAGGAGAGUUUCAAAAGCGUGGCCUUCCCCACGUGCAUAUGCUUAUUUGGCUUGACAGUAAAUCCAAAGUUUACCUCAAGAACAAUGUAGAUAAGUUUGUUUCGGCUGAGAUUCCUGAUCCUAUCAAAGACCCUGUUGGCUAUGCUGCGGUCAAAGCAUUUAUGAUACAUGGCCCUUGCGGAUUGCAGAAUACUAAAUCUCCAUGCAUGAAAGGUCUUAAAUGUAUUAGGCAUUUCCCUAAGAAGUACUCUGCACGAACAAUGUUUGAUGAAAGUGGUUUUCCUAUCUACCGAAGAAGAAGACAGAACGUAACGGUUCAUGUUCGGAACGCAGAUUUGGAUAAUCAGUGGGUGGUCCCAUAUAAUCGUGAUUUAUUGGUAAAGUACCAAUGUCACAUGAAUAUUGAGAUUUGUUGCCAUGCGCGAAGUUUGAAAUACCUCUUCAAAUAUUGCUUAAAGGGACACGAUACUGCCACUGUUCAUAUAAGUGGGAAGAAAAAAAAAACAUCCAACCAUAAUGGUGCUGAGGCUAUAGAUGAGAUUGAUGCAUACUUUGACGGGCGCUACAUUUGUGGGGCAGAAUCAGCUUAUAGGAUUUUUGGUUUUCCUAUUCAUCACCGUACUAUAUCUGUAGAACGCCUUCCUUUCCAUCUUCCAGGUCAAAAAAAUUGCACCUUCCAUUCUUCCCAGCCCCUAAACAAGGUAGCUGAACGUGAGAAGGAUAGAUUCAGCAAAUUAGAGGCCUUUUUUCAUUUAUGCAGUACUGACGUGUCUGCCAGGCAAUACACCUAUCAGGAAAUACCGCAACACUUUGUCUGGGAUGAUGGCCUAAGAAACUGGAAGCCAAGAAAAAGAGGCUUUCAAAUUGGCCGGCUUUCGUACACUCAUCAUAGCAGUGGCGAGGUUUGGUUUAUGCGGUUGUUACUAACCAAAGUGCGCGGUCCUACUUCUUUCCAAAGUCUAAGGAUUGUCAAUGGUGUCUGUUAUGAUUCAUUCCGUGAUGCUUGCAAAGAGUUAGGUUUGCUUGACGAUGAUAAGGAAUGGCAUGAAGUUUUAACUCAGUGUUCUGCAGGUGGCUUACCUCCGCAAAUCAGACAGCUCUUUGUUCACAUUAUUGUCAACUGCAAGGUUACAGAUUUAUUCCAUUUGUGGACAUCUCAUUGGAAGCACAUGGUUGAUGACAUUCUUUUAAAAAGAAGGCGAAUAAACAAAGAUGACAGUCUGAUUUUGGACGACAAGCAACUGCAAUUUUAUGCUCUUGCAGAAAUUGAUGAUCUGCUGAGGUCAAUUGGCAAGUCGUUAAAGAGUUUUCCGCAGCUGCCACAGCCACCAGAGACUUACCUCAACCAUGGGAGUAAUAACCUUAUUUUAGAAGAAACCAACUACAAUAUUCUUGAAAUGGAUGUAGAAAACAAGAAGUUGGUUUCCAUGAUGAAUGCUGAACAAUUAAAUGUCUACAAUGCUAUUUUGGAGUCUGUUCGUAACAAUGAAGGUGGCCUUCAUUUUGUUCAUGGCAGCGGUGGUUGUGGCAAGACUUUUCUAUGGAGAACUCUUAUCUCAAAGCUAAGAUCACAAGGUGACAUUGUUCUACCAGUUGCCUCUUCAGGGAUCGCUGCCACGCUCAUGCCUGGUGGGAGAACCGCGCAUUCCCGGUUUAAGAUACCUAUUGUCUUGGAUGAAUUAUCUGUGUGUGCAAUUGGAAAUAAAUCAGACAUUGCUGAAUUAAUUAGGCAUACAAAACUUAUUAUAUGGGAUGAAGCUCCCAUGCAACACAGAUAUGCCUUUGAAUGCUUGGAUCGUUCUUUGAGGGAUAUUAUGAAAUCUUCUGAUCUAGGUCGUGCUGCUUUACCUUUUGGUGGAAUUACUGUAGUACUAGGAGGAGAUUUCAGACAGAUACUGCCAGUCAUACCUCAUGGCGACAGGGCUCAGAUUCUCGGAGCAUGUAUAACCAGAUCCUAUCUUUGGAAUAUCUGUAAAAUCUUUGUUCUUACCAAAAACAUGCGAUUGAACAAAGGUUCAUCAGAUGCAGAAGCUAAUGAGGUGAAAGAAUUUGCUAAAUGGGUUCUUGAUGUAGGCAAUGGUACAUUCACUACAUCCCACAAUGCAGAUGACAGAUUGAAUGAGGACAAUAUUGAGGUACCUCUCAAAUUCUGUGAUUUGGAAAAUGACAAUUCAGUGGAGAACAUGAUACGCAGCAUAUAUCCUGAUUUUGUCCACAACUCCAUGAAUCCAGAGUAUCUCAGCGAGAGAGCUAUCCUCACUCCUACUAACCAAACUGUUGGUCAUCUUAAUUCUCUUAUUGUAGACAUGAUUCCCGGUGAGGCAGUUACGUAUUACAGUGUUGACAGCGCAGAAGAUUUUGGUGGCACCGAUGCUGAUUUGCAUUGUGCAUUUCCUAUUGAGUAUCUUAAUUCCCUAAGUGUGCCAGGUAUGCCUGCUCAUGACCUCAAGCUGAAAGUCGGCGUUGUUGUAAUGCUAAUGAGAAACUUGAAUCAAACACUUGGACUUUGCAACGGAACUCGAAUGAUUGUAACCAAGUGUUUGAAAUUUUGUGUAGAGUGUGAGGUCAUUUGCGGAUCUUUUAAAGGGACACGACAUUUUAUUCCACGAAUGGAGCUAUGUCCCAGCGACUCUUUACUGCCAUUCAAGCUUGUGAGAAAACAGAUGCCACUUCAGAUUUGCUAUGCAAUGACGAUCAACAAAUCCCAAGGACAAUCUUUAAAGACAGUUGGUUUGUUUCUCCCAAAACCCGUCUUCACACAUGGACAAUUUUACGUUGCUGUGAGCCGAGUUACAUCUCCUGGAGGGCUGAAAAUCUUUAUUGAUGAUGAUCGUGGUUUUCCAACAAAUAUAACGCAGAAUGUAGUAUAUAAAGAAGUCUUCUAUGCAUUGCCAAGGUAG